AUGGGGAAAGACAAUACCACCUGUGUAAAAAGAAUUUUUCAUGGUUUCGCUACAGCGCUAGGGGGCAAGGAGAGAUUUUUGGAUGUAGGGAAGUGGGCGAAGCAGAAGCUAGUGGUGUCGCCUGCCAUGAGCAACAAUGUAAUUGCAUUGGCAAUGGCAGAGGAGAUGAUCACUACAAUCGAGAGGAGGAAUCGUGAAUCAGAGUUGAUGGCACUUGCAGGCUUACACACGGUCUCCAUGCUUGAUUCUUCGUUCUUGAGGGAGUCACAGUCCCCAACUUCGAGGCGCCAAGGAGAUGUUGAGAGGCUGAGUACCCAGGCCUCCUCUAUUUUACAGAUGUGGCGGGAGUUGGAGGAUGAGCAUGCAUUUAGUCAAGCUCAGGAAAGGGUAAGAGAGAGGUUGAGGCAGCGAAGGAGUGUGGAUCCUAAUACAAAUAUGUCUGGAAGUAGAGAGAGUGAUAAUCAGGGCAGCCUGGAAGGUGCUAGUGAGAGUGAGCAUGACUUUGCUACUUGGUCCCAGGAGCAGGUGGGCCCACGGAAUGAGAAUAGGGAUCCUGACCAUUCUAGUCGGGAACAAUCUCCAGAUCUAGGGGAUGUUGAUAGGGAGAGGGUGAGGCAUAUUGUUCGCGGAUUGAUGGAUAGUGGCAUUAGUGAUGCUUCAUCUAAUGUUAUGCAGGGGAAUGGCAGUCCUAGAGCUGAAUGGUUGGGGGAAACUGAGCGUGAAAGGGUAAGGAUUGCUAGAGAGUGGAUGCAAAUGACAAGUCAGCAGAGAGGAUCUCGUAGUGGACACAGGGAAGAUCAAAAUGAUGGACUUGGCGCUCAAGUUGGCCGUCGCCGUGAAGGGUCUGAUGUUGCCCACGGGGAAGAUCAGCCAGAGCAUAUUCGCAGAGACAUGUUGAGGUUGCGCGGAAGACAAGCCUUACUUGAUUUGCUUGUUAGGAUAGAGAGGGAAAGGCAGGGGGAACUUCAGGGCCUAUUGGAACAUCGUGCUGUUACUGACUUUGCACAUCGCAAUCGUAUUCAGUCAUUACUUAGAGGCAGAUUCUUAAGAAAUGAAAGGCCCGAUGAGGAAGAGCGACCACCUUCAAGGGCAGUUAGUGAGUUAAAUCAGUUAAGGCAGCGACAAACAGUCUCUGGACUGAGGGAAGGGUUCCGCUCCAGAUUGGAAAACAUUGUUCGUGGCCAAGAAGUUCAACAUGAGAAUCAUGACCAAUCUCAAUCUAGACUUCAGGAAAGUGAUGUUAACCAAUUGCCGGAUCGUAUUGCAAAUCUGGAUAGUAACACAGCUGUUCAAAGUACACAUCAACAAGCUGCUGCAGCUCAAGGAAGCAAUUGGCAGCAACAGGUUGCUGAAGAUGAGAGAGAAAAUGUGCAAGAAUCAAACUAUAAUGAAUCUAGUGGAUGGAGAGAUAUCACUUUGCAAGACACUGAUAGGAACUGGCAGGAAAAUCGUGUACCUAAUUGGAAUUCGGAAGCAACAGUAAAUGAAGGUGGAGGUCAAAGUCAGCUGGAAGUAGUCCAUGACGAUAGGCGUGAUAAUGGCUCUCGAGAAGCUAUAGAAAAUUGGUCUGAAGUGCCUUCAGAUCCUCCAAGAAUGCGGGACUCUCUACCACAUAGAAGAGGCACUAGGUUCCACCCCCCUGAUGAUGAUAAUGUAUACAGCAUGGAACUCAGAGAGCUGCUUAGCAGGUUAUUGUCUCACUCUGUUAUGUGCUCAAGCUUCAAUAUUUUU